AGCCUUGCAGUGCAGGAUUACAUGAUCUUCAGUCAGAGAGACACUUCGGUCAAUCUUUAACCACCUAAAGAAGACCUGCAGCUGAGAACUGCUCGGUUUGUGUGGACGUCUGAAGAAUGGCGUUGUUUUUACUUGGAGGACGUUUCUUUAAAUGCAGAACUGACAUUAAGAGAGUCAUCACAGCGACCCAGCCAUACUGCUCUUCGGUGGUCUCAGGCAGGCAGCAUGUUAAUGGAGUGGAUCUGUACUAUGAGAGGACAGGCAGAGGGAAACAUGCUGUGCUGUUGGUUCCUGGUGCUAUGGGGUGCCCUGGGAUUCAUUUUGAACAUCAGAUGAAGUCUCUGAAUAAGGAACGCUUUACUCUAGUGGGCUUGGAUCCCCGUGGUUACGGACAAUCCCGUCCCCCAGCCAGAGAUCUCCCCCCUGACUUCUAUGAGAUUGACGCAAAGGACGGAGUGGAUCUGAUGAAGGCACUGGGCUUUAGCAAGUUCUCUGUGAUGGGUUGGAGUGCGGGAGGAACCGUCGCUCUGAUUGCAGCAGCGAAGAACCCCGACCUGAUUAAACAACUGGUUGUAUGGGGGGCCAAAGCCUUUAUUACCGAGGUGGAUGUCAAGAUUCACAACGAGACACGUGAUGUCUCCACGGCCAGAUGGGAGAAAAUAGGGCCGAUGACGGAGAUGUAUGGAGAAAAAGCCUUUGCUAAAGGCUGGUCGGACUUGUUGGAUGCGUACUCACAAUUUCCAAAUAGACCAGGAGGGAGUAUCUGCCUGGAGCUUCUGCCACUAAUCAGCUGUCCAACCCUCAUCGUCCAUGGAGAGAGGGAUAGAAUUGCGCCCUUCUUCCACUCACAGCUCCAGCACGAACACAUCAAGGGAUCACGAUUACACAUAAUACCAAAUGGUGGCCACGCUCUCCAUGACGACUACCCUGAUGAAUUCAACAAACUGGUGGAAGACUUUCUGGAAGACUGAUAGAUUAAUUAACACUGUGAAAUAACAACCAUGAUCAUUUUGUGGAGAAGAGAAGGGUGACUGCAAAUAUUUACACUACCAGACUUCAUUUUAACUUUAAUUAUUUCAUUCUACUCUGUUUUCAUGAGGCAUCAAUUGUUAAAUACUUUUCUAUAAUUACUUUUUUUAUGAAGGAAGUAGGGGACUUAUUUCCCAUAUUAUGUAACUCUCUAACAUUUGCUGUAAUAAUGGAUAAUUCAACGUUAAAAAUCAAACACUAAUGAAAUGAUCCAUUAGCAUUAAUACGAGCCAUUACUUACAAUUUAUAAGCCCUUUAUUAAAAUGGUACCAAAAGUUACAACAUGUUGAUUUAUAUUUAAUUUUUAAUUUACACAGUAAACAGUGGUGGAAUGUAACUAAAAACAUUUACUCAAGUACAGUACUUGAUUACAAUUUUGAGGUACUUGUAAUUUAUUUGAGUAUUUCCAUUUUCUGCGACUAUAUACUCAACUAAAUGUAUUUGACUACAACAUAAAUCAACCAAUACCUUAUGAUGUAUUAUUAUGGAUUAAGCUACCCAGCAGUAUAUAAAGUAGUUAAAAUUAGCUCCACCUUUACCAGCUGCAACAUUAAAGUGAUGGACGCAUUAAUGCAUCACUAAUUAUUAUCCAAAAAUAUUAUUCUGAAAUAGGCCAUUGUGCAUAAUGAGUACUUUUGCUUUUGGUUCUUUAUGUGGGCUAUAUUGUGAUAAUGUACUUUUACUAAUGUAACAUUUUGAAUGCAUGACUUUCACUUGUAAGUGUUUCUUGUAAUGGAAAUUGUGGGAUUAAAGGUUUACGUGCAUGUAAUCUGAAUGAAAUGUAAUCUUUGGUGGCUGUAGUAAAUAA